CUUCAGAAAAGAAAAAACCUAAUAAUACACUUGCAGCACAAUUGGCAAAAUUGACAAAUCCUGCUCCAAAAGGUAUAAAUUUUGCUAGUAAACUUCGAAAUAAUCUACAACUCACUUUAGAUGAUGCAAAAUAUGUUGGUAAACAUUGUACCAGAAAAGAUAUUUUUGAUGUUGUUGAUAUUCUUGAUCAAGAUAGUAUGAAAAACAAUGAUUUUGAUAUAAAUAAUAGACAGAUAUCAAAAAUGUUUGAAGAUCAAGAAAUGAUCAAUGAUGUUGGAUCAUCAAGUAUUGGAAGUGAUGAAGUAAAUGAUGAUGAUAAAGAAAUCAUUACAGAAGGAAAGAAUGAUGAGAUAGAAUUAAAUGAUAUUGAUUCUAUUCGAAAAGAAUUAGUGAAAAUUGAAGAUGAUGAAAGAAACUUAUUGAAAAAAAUGUCACAGAGUGCUCAAGAAGACAUAAAUAAGGGUAAACAUGUAAAGACACAACUUGGUCUUUGGGAUACUUUCCUUGAUAUGAGAAUAAAAUUCCAGAAAGCUGUAACAAUAUCAAACAGUUUUCCACAGCCAUAUGAUUGUACAAUAUACCAUUUUGGUAAUUUAAAUGCCCAAUUGCCAACACUGCCAAUAUGCACUAAAGAUUUAAUCCAUGAAACAAAAUUUGAAUUAAAAGAACUUCUUGAUUCAUUAAUAAAUUUACAAAAGGAUUUGUGUAUAAACAAUGAGAAUAUAAGUAUUUCCAACAAUAUUGUGAUUAAUCAUAAAAGGCGUCAUGGAAAUGAAAAUGAUUACUUGGACUAUUUUUGGAAUGAUAUGCAAGAGACUCACAAAAAUUUUUUACCAUAUCGUACACAAACAAUCAAUAAAUGGAAUAAUAAAGUUCAAAUUGCUUCAGAUGAUCCAGUUGCAUCAGGAUUGAAAUGGGCUGAAAUCAAAAAAACCAAACAAAAGAAAAAACCAGUUGACACUAAAGCAAGUAAAGGCAGAAAAUUGAGAUAUCAUAUCCAUGAAAAAUUACAAAAUUUCAUGGUUCCAAUACCAGCUA